AUGCGUUUCACCAUGGUUGCUACUAUCUGUAUCGUCGCACUUGUUUUAAGUCUAACAACAGCAUUCCCUACUCAUGACAAUGCACGACGUGGACUGGUUCCUGAUUUAAGUGCGUUAAAUGGUGUAUUUGUGGAUGGCUUUUCACCUAUUUGUCUAUUUCCUCCUUGCACUGGACCAUCAUUUUUAUUUCCGGAGAUUGAUUGGGAAGCUUUACAUGCAAGCAUCGCUCAAUGGAAUAAAGAACAGGCACAGCUGUUAUUACAAGAAAAUGAAUAA